AAUUUUGAAAUAGCAAGCAAAAAAUUCGUUGACUAUCGAGGCAAAAUCUACGACUAUGCUAGCAUCAUGCACUACUCUCGUUACCAAGGCAACAAUAGACCAGGAGCAGUUGUAUUGCAACCAAAGAAAAAAAAUGUUGAGAUUGGUCAGAGGGAUGGUUUGAGCGCUGGUGAUAUCGAACAGACGAAAAUCAUGUACAAAUGCAAUGAUAAUGGAGAAAGUGAAUUCGACUAUGUCCCAUCUCCCGAGGAUCAAGAGCAAGGCAGUGCUUCAGGCGACCAAAAAGGACCAAAACCUGGCGACAUUGAGGAAUGAAAGCUUCUCCAAAAUGCCGCGAUUGGAAUACUGAGGGAUCUAGAAUAUUUGGAGCGUUAGAAAAAUAAAAAUGUUUG